UUCCUCGAAUACUAUUACGAUUGCGAGCAAACAAACGAAAGAGACAACGAUAUUUAUCUAUAUUAUAUAACAUCAACAAUUUGGUAACAGUCAAUUACGAACUUUUGCACCGACAAGUUAUUUUAUAAUCUAACCAAAGUGUUAAAAUGAGUGGAUUAUUCGAUGUCGACGACAUUUUAUCCGACCACGAAGAAUGGCUGAAACUGGACGAAGAAUGGGGCAAACCAAUAGACCUAGAUACUGAAGACGAUCAACCGCCGUAUCUCAAGUCAAUGUUCAGUACUUUAGAUUUGAAGAAGACAACAUUCGAUUCAUCAUUUCUCUUCAAAAAGGUAAGAAGGAAAAUUGGAAGACAGCUAUCGAAAAGAUCAACCAAUUCCUGUCUGGAUUACAAAGACUUUUUGAAUGAUUUGCAAAACAAUAGAUCGAGGGAAUCUACGAAGCAAUUUUACUUCGUCAAUGGACAAAUAAUGUCAGCUGGUUCGGUUGAAGAGAUAUGCGACAAGAUAGACGAUUAUUUCAAAUCGAUUGAGAAGUUAACAGUGACUAGUACGAUACGUAAGAGUGAUAUUCCUGAAGUUGUCAAAUGCAGUAUGUCUAGUGGUGAUUUCUCUUUUGAUGAUACGGUUCUAAAAUCGAAUAUAGAGAAAUGUGACAGUGAAGACAUAAGCAGAUUCAUAGACCAGGCAUUUAAUGAUUUUAAUUCUUCAAUCGCUUCUAUUGAAGACGUUGAUGAUACGACGAGAGAAUCGGUUACAACGUUAGUGAGGAAAUUUAGUAUUGUUUUGAACAGGCCUUCAAUGUAUUGCAGUCCGAGGCGACAACGACAGUGCUGUGAGAAGUUUAGAGAUUUAGCUGAGUUCUGGAAGAAGCGAACUCUGGAACAUAAUUGAUUUUAUAUAAAGGUUAGGUAGUUCU